AGGUCAAAGGUAGCGGCAUCAACACCGAUGGAAUCCAACGUAAUCAAAAAGGCUGCAGACAAGCAGUCCGAAGGAGGCCGAUCACCACGUACAACCAAAAGUAGCCAAAACUCACGCACAUCGUCUAAGGUGCAAAAUUUGAUGAAACAACUGGAUUUGAAUACAAAACAGCAGCAGCUUGCCCAGCAAAUUGCGACACAGGAGCAGCAGCGCCAACAGCUGGCACUUCAACAAAAACAUCUGGACCUGGAACAAGAGCUGCUUGAGAUGCAGCUACAAGAAGAAGAAAAAGAAGAUGACAUCGACCACGGCGACGACAAUGAUGGCAAAUACGCUGAGAUCCGUACAAGCAAUCUGGGAUAGUGGCAUCAACUGGG